AUUGUAAGAUGGUCACAUUAAAAUCACUUUAGUUGACAACCCUACAACGCAUAUGUUUUUGAAAUACACGUGCAGAAGCAUUCUUUUUAUUUAAUGCUAUUUAUUUAACAGUUUGAUAAAUAAAAAGAUGCCGGCAGCCGUGGCCUCAGGUGUGCAAUUGGGCGGACCACCCAAAAACAAGAAGAUCGUGUUCGACGACUCGGGCGAGGCUGUAGCCAAGCCCAACAAAAAGGACCACUCCAAGAACGCUGCCCCCAAGGAGCAGGUGAAAAAGCCCACAAAAAUCAAGUUUGGGGAGGAUGGUAAAGCUGUAUCGCAGAAACCAUUUAACAAAAGUCACCAGAAUGGCCAAAGGCAGCAAAAGACCAAGUUCGGAGACGAUGGCGAACCUCUAGCCCAGAAACCUUUCAACAAAGGCCACCAGAAAUUCAAUGGACAGAAGCCUGGUUUCGAAAAGAAGCCCCAGAAGAUAAAGUUUAAUGAUGACGGAGCCCCUCAGAAGCAGUUUAACAAAAACCAGAAACAAAAUGGCCAAAAGCCUUUCAACAAAAACGGAGCCAAACCGGAUCAGGCUAAGAAAUCACAUAAAAUAAAGUUCGAGGAUGAAUCCAGUCCAGCAGGAAGCACAGAAAAGUCCAAGAAACCGCAGCGCAUUAAGUUCGAUGAGGAUGGAGCUGGGAAGAGUGUAUCCGAUAGCGAGGGCGAUAGCGACGUGGAACUGGGAGCUGUCCUUAAAAAGCACAACAAGUACCACUCCAAGGCGGACGAGGACGAAGCGUCCCAAAAGAAGUGGUACAAUGUGCAUCCCGAUUAUCCCUCAACCGAUGAAGUGCUGGACAUGAAGGAGAACGAGCAGCUGGAGCUGUUUAAUCUCUGCAAGAGUUCCUUCGAGGCGGAGAAGAACACGUUCAAUAAGCGAAACCCCACCGAUGCUCGCUGGUUGCAGACCGCUCUCCACAAAGGUACGGCCAAGGAUCGGGCCAACGCCGGAGCUCUGCUGGUGACGAGCAAUCCCCUGGGCAACCUAGAAGCCCUCACAACGCUUAUCGGUUUCUGCAAGCUCUCCAACAAGGCCAGCAACGAUGUGAUUGCCGUGUUGACGGAUCUGUGGCAGGAGGUGCUGCUGCCGCCCAACAGGAAGCUGCUGGCCAUCCACACCCGCGGUGCAGAUUGGAAGAAGCUGAAGAAGGACGAGACGCUGCACAAGGAGCAGCAGCGACGCAUUUAUGCCUACUGGUACUUCGAGAGCGAGUUGAAGGAUCAGUACCACGAGUUUCUCAAGAAUGUGAUGCAGGGACUGCAGACGGGGCAGGAGCACAACAAGAACUCCUCGAUUGUGGCGGCCGCUAGGCUGCUGUCCUUCGCCCCAGAGAAGGAGCAGAUGCUGCUGACGAUGCUGAUCAACAAACUGGGUGAUCCCGUGCCGAAAGUCGCCUCCAAGGCGCUGCACCAUCUCAGUGAAGUGGCCCAGCGGCAUCCGAACAUGUGCGGCGUGAUUGUGGCGGAAGCCGAGAAGCUUCUGUUCCGGAACAACAUUUCGGAGAGAGCCCAACACUUUGCAUUGUGCUUCCUCUCCAGCAUCGCCCCAUCCGGCCGGCCGGAGGUCUGUACCAAGUUGGUCAACAUCUGCUUCGCUCUGUUCAAGGUCCUGGUCCAGAAGGGAGCGGUGAACAAUCGCACCAUGCAGGCCAUCCUGCGGUGUCUACAGAAAGCCAUUGUAGAAGCUCAGCCGGCGAAGGACAGCAACGGAGAGCUGCUGAACAAGGAAAUGCAGGACACCAUCUAUCGGCUGGUCCACUUGGCGGACAUUCGGGUCAGCAUUCAGACCCUGGGACUUCUCCUUCAACUCAUCACGGUGAAGACCGAGAAGUCGGAUCGUUUCUACAACGCCUUGUACGUGAAGCUCUUGGACCUCAAUCUCGUCAAUGUGGGCAGCAAGACGGCGGCUCACCUCCUGCACAUCGUGCACCGCGCCAUCCACAUCGACAACCAUGUGGCCAGGGCCCAGGCGUUCAUUAAGCGCCUCCUGCAGAUCACGCUGUACGCUCCCCCCCACAUUGCAGCCGGUUGCUUGAUCGUUCUCCACAAGCUGCUGCGCAUGCGCCGGGAGCUGGUAGGAGGCAGCGGAGCGUCCGAAGUGGUAGCGGCUGGAGCUGCAGUCAUUCUGCCAACAGAUGCAGAUCUAGACAAGUUUGGCAGCGACGAUGAAGAGGUCUACAAGGACGUGAAGGAGGAGAAAGAAGAGACCGAAGAUAAGUCCCAGUCGAAGGAGGAAAAGGACGAGAAGAGCAAUGGCUCCUCGUGGCAUCAUGCCAGCGUGGCAGCCACAGAGUCCAAGGUGCGAGAUAUCGAUUCCUGCAAGUACGAUCCGUAUCACCGCGUUCCUGCUUUUGCCGGAGCAGGUUAUGCCCUUCGGAAUGAGCUCGUGCUGCUGCGCAAUCACUAUCAUCCGACUGUCCAGGUCUUUGCCGAACAGAUCCUUCAGCAGGCCCGCAUCGAUUACUAUGGUGAUCCGUUGAGGGAUUUCGGACUGCCACACUUCUUGGAGCGCUUCGCGUUCAAGAAUCCCAAAAAGCUGGAGAACUCGCAGGCGGCGGAAAGCGCCACCGUGGCCCACAAGCGCUACAUGGCGCAAGGAGGUCGUGGGAAGCCGGUGAAGUCACUGACCAAGGCCAACUGCACCGAGGACGAGAUGUUCAUCUUCAACUUCCUGGAGCACAAGCGGCGGCAGGCGGAGAUCGUGGCCCAGAGCCAGAAGAAGAAGGGCGUGAAAAAGGAGGAUGCCGACGGCGAUGAAGACGCCGAGGGGGAUGGGGAGUACCUGAAGGAGGGAGAGGUAGGCGACGACGAGUUCGAAGCCUAUCUGGACGGUUACUUUGGCAAGAAAUUCAAGGACGGCGGCGAUGCCGAAGAGGAGGAGGACGAAUUGAACUUCCUCGAGGAGCUGGGCGGCGAGAUGCAGGCGGACAAGUCCAAGAAGGACAAGAAGAAGAAGAAGUCGGCAGAGAAAGAGGAGGACGACAUGGAGGACAUCGACGACGACUGGGGCGAUGAUGACCUGGGAGAGGAGGAUGAUGAUGAUGAGAUGGCCGGUCCUGGCGAGGAUCAUUCGGACGACGAAACAGGAUCCAUAGACUUGGAGCCACUGGACGAUGAUGAUGACGAGGGUUCCAUUUCCGAUGGCGACACCAGCGACAUGCCCGAGAGUCCGGACGAAGAUGGCGAUGACGAUGACUUGGAUGCGCCGCCCAAGUCCAAGAAGUCGCGCAAGGACUCCGGCAGCAUGGUGGAUGGACGCAGCUUCGCCAAGACCCUCAAGCAGAGUCAUGACAUGUCCUCGCUGUUCGCUGCCGCCGACGACUUCUCGUCCAUGCUGGAGGAGAGCGCCAAGGUGAAGGGCCAGGGCACGAGCAAUGCCGUCUUCAACAAGGACAAGUCCUCCGCCAAGCAGAUGAAGUGGGAGGAGAACCGCAGAUCCAAUACGAAAACCUACACGGGCAAGAAGUUCGCCGGGAAGAAGUCGGCCGGAAAAGGCGGAAAACUGCAGAAGGCUGGCAAGAAACGGAAACACUAGCAUCCCAGCGACAGGAUAGGUUAAGGAUGUAAAAAUACACAGAGACAAAAAAAAAACAUUAAAAAGGAUAACAUUUUUAAGGAAAAACAAGGAUGUAAUUGGAAAUGCUUUAUUUUAACUGCAUUUUGAUAUUGGUUUUAUUUACAAACUUUGGUGACUUAAUCGCUAGCAACUUGUUUCUCUCCUGUUCCACUCCUGUCCACAUUCUUCUUCCUCCAAGGAUCUCUCCUCUAUCCUGUAACUACAUAUAAUCCGUAUAACACUUUGGCCGAACUGUAAAAAUCGGUUUCAAUACGAUUUGAUUGCUUUCUCCUGACCUCCCAUAUCUAUGUGGGUGGUGGAGUCUAUGGUCUAGUUCUGGGAGGGGCUACUGCGGAUCUUAACCUAUGACGAAUUAAUUAGCUUUAGCCGAUCUUUAUCUUGAUGUCAAUUCGAUAUAAAAACUCUUGCCAAACAGGUCCUUAGCUUCUAAAAUGUACGGAUUAGUUUAACUUUUCGUAUCGCUACUCCUUUUUUUUCCAUCCAUCUGUUUUCUAAGGCAACUUGUUAAAAGGCAACUUUAAUAUAAAUGUUAUUUGUUUUAUACUAAAAUUUACACCGAGUUUUUAUAUAAUUAUACAUUAACAUCCAGUUAUUAUUUUUUUUUAUCGACUUUAUAGCAAAUUUACAGAGAUAUGUGGUUUGAUUUUUGGGAUUUCCUUCGGCGGAGGGGAGAGGGGCGGGGCUGUCUUCUAAAAAACAUAAUACACUUUAUAAAAAAAUGAUAUAAAAAUAAUAAUAAUAGUAUGAUCCAUUGUUUUAGAUUUUUAUUGGCUUCCAUGGGGGGGUUGUUUCAUAUUGCUUAACCAUAAAUAAAAUAGGUCUAACUCGCGGGAGGGGAAUUAAACAAAGAAAAUACUUAACAAAACAAUUAAAAUGUGAUUGCCAUUAUAACAACUCCUACUAGGACUAUCAGCGGUUCCUCAUCUGCUUAUCUGCUUGUGGGCGUGCCUGCGACAGCACUCGCACUCCCUCAGCUUCCGCAGCUCGGCACUCCGGAGCAGAUGGAUGCGAUGGUGCCUCUUGCCUCGUUUCCGCGGUAUCAUCGUAAUGGAUGUCUUGAAUUUGGGCAACUUGUGUAAUUUUUUUUGCACUGAAAUUAGUUUGGAAAUCGAUUAGGGAUCGGGAGUUGCAGUCGGAAUUUACAAUUCCCAGUGCAAUGGGACAUGGGUGGCUAUCUCUAUCCUGGGUUGGUUUUCAGUUAAGGGGGGGGAGUAGUGAUAGUUCCGACCUAAAAAUAUAAGUGGACUGAGUAAUGGGUCUCCCUUCUGGCUUCUAAUUAGUGAUUUUUUUUCGAUCUUUGUUGUCCAUUGAUUUCCUAGUUUUUGCAUUUUUUUUUUAGUUUUAUGUUUUUUGUUAAUUUGUUUUUUUUUUUUACAUUUAAGCUAUUCAAAUAAUUAACUAG